CAUUUUGCAGCACAAGUGUUAAUCUGCACGUUAUCGUCAUGUCUUCAACCAAACGCGCCAACAACAAGUUGACUUUAAAGAAAAGUGCAACGAGUAAGAAGCCUUACAUAAAUGCCUGUGGAGGUGGUGGACGCUCAAUCUUAAAGACCGCCUUAGAAAAACCUACAAAAUUAUCCGAUGGUGAUGUGAUCAACCCCCCCACGGAAGAUGAAGAAGGACAUCCGGAAAGAACAAUAGCUACCACCACCACUACCACCACCACCACCACAAAUGAACUGGAAGAUUUCAAGGGAAAUUUCAAUCAUGUUUACGCUCCUCCAAUUACAACGAUUCCUCCACCUCACAUGAGACCACCGGUGAUAGAUCCCAGACAUGGCCAGCAACAACAACACCAACAACAGUUAAGCCCGUAUCCAUCAGUACAAAUAUUGGAGCAUAUUAUAAUUCCUGCGCCGCUACCCCAGGCAAAUACUCAAACGCAGCCGUCAGAAAUGGUAGCUUUACAUCCACAAUCCGCGAUGGGUGACAUGCAUCAAUUUCCAAAUAAUCCAGCUCAACAACAACCAAAUUUACCACUACAGCUACCUGUAAAUAACGGCGGCAACAAUCACUUUCAUGCCCCGUUGCCUAGGGGGGAAAAAGAUAUGCAAUUACUAAGAGAAUUUUAUGAACACGUCUCGCCGCCGUCUUCAGCAGCCAUCGACCGAGAAGAGGCGCCACCACCACCACCGCCGCCGCCAUCUCAUGAAUCGCCCAGAUGGCACGAGCCGUCCACACCCCAAGAGCUGGCGAUGUUAUCAAUGGGGUGUCUGGAGAAGAUGCUGACAAUUUUCCAGGCCAGACAAAGAAAUUCCCAACUCCAGACGGAGCGUUUAGAACGGGAAUUGGCUGCAUCACGGCUUCAAGAUGAAAACCUGCAUCGAGACAUGAAGAUUAUUAUAAACUAG